UCGAGUCUAUACAGGGGCCAAAGUGUAAUUUGAUCAAAUUAUUUUAAAAAAACAAAUCAGAUAGAGAGAGAAACAAAGUAAUAAACGCGAAGCCUCUGGAUUCUCUUUCUAUCUUUUUUUUUUAAAUUUAAAAAAGCAUGGUUCCACCAAUGAGAAGCCACCAAGUGUUAGUGGGUUUAGGGUUCCAAGCCGAAAUCCACGGGAAAAUGGAGUCCUUGUCUGCAAAAUUGACUCCACCAGAAUUCCCACUCCCUCUCCGGCCAAAAAACCAAACUGCGAGGAAAAAACUCAUCAAGUGGAGAAAGGAAAAAAAGGAAAAAAAGAAAAAGAUUAGAGCUUUUCGUCUCUGUCUGUGCGUUGAAGUUGCAGAGAUCCAGAGGUUUCCGAAAUGGGCUUAAUUUCAAACUUGUUGAAGGAGAAGAAGCAUUCCCAGUUCAUCAAAAAGCUCAUUCCAUGGACUAUUUACGCCCUUCUUCCCAUAGCCCUCUUCCGACUAUACUUCCAUCCCAUCCAUCUUCCAGAUUCCUCCAUUGAUCAAAUAACCCAAAUCGCCGUUUCAUCAUCCUCUUCUUCUUCUUCUUCUCUCUCACCUCCUCCUUCCUCUGUUCGCGAAGAGGAAGUAAAUGCGAUUAAUGAAACUCCAUGCGACUACACCGACGGGAAAUGGGUCCCCGACAAGUUGGGACCUUUAUACAAUGGCUCGACCUGCGGUACAAUCAAAGAAGCCCAAAAUUGCAUCGCCCAUGGCCGCUCUGACUUGGGGUUUCUCUACUGGCGGUGGAAGCCCCACAGAUGCAGCCUCCCGAGGUUCGACCCCAACAAAUUUCUCCACCUCAUGACCCACAAACAUAUCACCUUCAUCGGCGAUUCCAUGGCCAGAAACCAACUCGAAUCGCUCCUCUGUUUACUGUCCUCUGUUUCCACUCCUAAACUCCUCUUCAGAGACGGCGACGACAACAAGUUUCGAAAAUGGUAUUUCCCCUCUCAUAAUCUCACGCUCUCCGUCUACUGGUCGCCGUUUCUGGUCGACGGUAUAGAAAAAUCAAACACCGGCCCCAAUCACAACAAGCUCUUCCUGAACCGCGUGAAUGAGAAAUGGGGCGCCGAUUUGGACGAUUUCCACGCGGUGGUGUUCUCAAUCGGCCAUUGGUAUCUCCAUCCGGCGGUGUAUUUCGAAGGGGACGACGACUCGUCAUCCGUAAUGGGGUGCCAUUAUUGCCCUGGUUUAAACCACACGGAAAUCGGCUUUUACGACGCCCUGAGAAAGGCCUUGCGGACCACAUUUCAGACCAUAAUCGACAGGGGCAACGAAAUGGACGUGUUUUUGGCGACAUUCUCGCCAUCCCACUUCGAGGGGGAGUGGGACAAGGCCGGGGCGUGCCCCAAGACGCAGCCUUUCGAGGAAAACGAGAAGAAAUUGGAGGGAAUGGAGAAGGAAAUAAGGGAAAUAGAAGCAGAGGAAGUGGAAGAGGCAAAAGCGAGAGGGAAGCAAAUUGGUGGGCUGAGAAUCGAGGCGUUGGACGUGACGAAGAUAUCGCUGUUGAGGCCUGAUGGGCAUCCGGGGCCUUAUAUGCAUCCAUUUCCUUACGCCAAUGGCGUUGGGGAUCGUGUUCAGAAUGACUGUGUUCAUUGGUGCUUGCCUGGGCCUGUCGACACUUGGAAUCAAAUACUUCUCCACAUUCUCAACAGAGGGAGAUCACAGUGAGACUCUGCCUCAGGGCAUUCAAAUUUCAUUACAUUUAUCAAACAUUAUUAUACUUGUUUAAUUCUCAAAUCUCAAUCAAUCCAAAUUCUUUUGAAUUUUUCCUUGUGUUGUUCUGAAGGAUAGAGCUUUUUUUAUCGUGUAAGACAGCUUCGAGCUUCACUUUGUACUGUGUGAAACGUACAAAAGUGAAUUCAUUAUGAAAGGUAUUGAUGGCUUGGUUUUGGA